AGUCUGUGGGAGGCUGUGAUUCAGGUCUGAUCGAGUCCGUUAAAACGUUUGCCGACGUGGCCAAGUGAGGGAUCUUUCCCAGCCAGUAGCGACAUUGUCAAGUGGUUUUCAGUUGAUCCUACUGAAAACACUGAAGAAGGAAAACAGAGUGUGAAGAAUUUCAGGAAGGAAUUUGCGUUGUUGCCUGUUCGCAGACGGAGAGAGAGUUCGGUACAGUUUCUCUAGUAGUGGUGCACCGACGACGACAGCGAAAUUGUGCGCGAUCUGGUGGGCGAGAAUUUUUCACGUAGGCUGCUCCGCAGAGAGGCUGUGAAUUUUGUGCGGAAAAGGUUUUUCUUUUCAAGUGGAGUUUGCUAGUCAGUUUCAAGUGGAUAAGGUGAAAACUCAAAUCGAAGAAAAAUGUCUGAUUUGGAGGAAAUUGGUGAUAUGAGCAAUUUUGAUGCGUGGCUAGAGAAAGAUUUCCUGAGCAAAAUCAGCCGGCUGGAGACGGAAUGUGAGGAUUCGAGAGAGAAGAUCAAGACGUUGGACAAGGAUCUCAAGAAAAAGACCAUUGAAUGUGAUAUUUUGAGGGCAAAAGUAGGCAAGCUGGAAACGGUGCCGUCGAAUAAUGCAGCUUCCACAGAAAAGAUCGAGAUUUUGGAGAAAGAGCUCAAGAGGAAAACUAUGGAGCUUGAUAUCCUGAGAUCAAAGCUGUCUAACGCCGAAGCAAAACCAGAGGGAUCGCAAGACCUGGCUGAAAGGGUGAAACAGUUGGAGAAGGAAUUAAAGAAGAGGAUAAUCGAGAAUGGAAUACUAAGGGGCAAGCUUACAGACAUGGAUUCAGAACCCCAAACUCCCGAUGCACAGGAAAAAGUUGAUGAACUGGUUCGAGGUCUUCAGCGGACGGAAAGUGUAGUGCUGAAGGAGAAGGUUAGGGAACUUGAGGGCGAUCACGAGGCAUCAGAGAGAACCGGCGAGCUUGAACGAGAACUAAAGAAAAAGAAUAUCGAAAGCGACAUUCUUCGAUCCAAGCUGAAACAAUUUGAAAACACCCCUGCAUCCGGUCAAGAGUCAAGCGACAAAAUCAGAGAUUUGGAGAAAUUGGUGCGGAAGUAUCAGAUCGAAGCUGAUAUUUUGAGAGCCAAAGUUACAUCUAUGGAAAGCGAUGCCGCCAACAAGGAUGAAGACGAGUCUAAUGAACGGAUUGAGGAUUUGGAAAAAGGUCUUCAGAGGAGCACAACUGAAGGAAAUAUGUUGAGAGCCAAAAUGCGAAUGUUUGAAAGCGAAUCCAGUGCUGCAUCGGAUUCCAAAAAUGAGAAAAUUGAGGAGUUGCAGCGUGGUUUGAAGAAGAGCACCACAGAAAGUACUAUAUUGCGUUCGAAGUUGAACGAGUUGGAGAACAAGCAAACAGCAUCCGGCGCAAGCAUGUACAAGGUAGAGCAACUUGAAGCUGAGUUAAAGAAAAAGAACAUUGAAAAUGACAUUCUAAGAUCUAAAGUAGAGCAGUUGGAACGAGUUCCACUGGCAGAUAGUCCAGCGAAUGCAAAAGUUGAGGAGCUUCAAAAGGAGGUAAGGAAGCUGAAGAUUGAAAACGAUAUUCUGCGUUCGAAGCUAAAUCACGCUGAGGAAGAGCCGACAGAAUCACAAGAAUCUACAGAUCGCAUAACUGGGCUUGAAAAUGAAUUGAAGAAACGCGUUAUUGAAAGCGAUAUUCUUAGGGCAAAGGUGACUCAGCUGGAGUGUGAGCUGUCGCCCACCAAAAACUCUGGAGAACGCAUUGAAGACCUUGAAAGUGAGCUGAAGAAAAAGAUGCUCGAAAACGACAUUCUCAAAUCCAAGGUCACUCAACUGGAAGGGGAAGUACUUGCAAGUCAGUCCAAUGGCAAAAAGGGUGAAUCACAGGAAUUGAAGAAGCUCAAAGAAAAACACGAGGAAGUGUUGAACAAAGCCAAAGAACUGCUAUUCGAACGCACCAAAACAGUUAAAACUCAGGAAAUGCAAAUCAAGGCACUCCAGAAUCAGAUAGAAAACAUCAAGGAAGUCGUGACGGUCACGAAGGAUAUGCUCAACAUUCGAAAUAUGGAGCACGAACAGUUACAGACCCGCUUCGAGAACAUUGACAGUAAAAUGAAGGCUGAACGGGAGCGACAGACGCUUCUUGAAAAGAAACUGGCCGCCUCCCAGAAGCUGUACAACGAUCUGAGGGAAGAAUAUACCAAGCAGGUGGAUCUCUUCAAGACUACGGCGCGGCAAGCUGGCCUAGACUUUCCCGUAGCAAAAAAAUAGGUCUCUCUCACUUGUCAUUCUCGCACUCCGGGAUACAGCAUCGAUCGGAGAAAAACGCAUUCGGAGCACCCACUAACUACCAUUGCUGCUUCUUACUAUACUAUGUGUAUUUACUAGCGCACCAAACUACCACAGCCACAUACUACGUGUUAUUAUUAGUCACGCUCUGCCAACCAACCCACUUGCUUCUGCAUCUUGUAGCAUCGUGUGGAAUGGUGGUGGUAGAUGGACGAUGCAAAUAAAAUGCGGUAUACUGCAAAUGAAGAACGAUUUUCCUUUCCGUUGCAUCUCCUUUCGUCCAGUUUGAAGUUUCCCCUUUUCCGGUGCCAGCUCCAAGUCGCCUCAUUCUAGAUUUUCCUUUUCAUUUUAAUUGCAACCGCGGUGCUGUGUGAUGCUAAAAGGACAUCCAAAAAUGCUACACCGAAAAGAUCGAGCUCAUCAAAGAAGAAGUCGAGCAGGUCCGUAACGGAAGGAAGUAAUGGCCAUACCAACAACAAAGCAAACAACGUCGGCAGCAGUGGCAGUGCCCUCCUCCAUCCAGACGAAAUACGACCGGGCAACAGUUUUACCUUUCGAGAAAAUUCCAACGCAGAAGCUGAACCACCACAGAUGAGAAGCUGUAACUGUUGCCGGACAUCGUAAGCCGAGACCAUUAGUUUUUAUUCACUUUCCCGCAUAAACGUAAUAUUUCAAACCAUCAUGAUGAGGUAAACUAGAUCACGGCUGUAGUAUAGCUAGGUACCCAGUACUAUACUCCCACCCACAUCGACCAACCCACGCAGCAAACGAAAUAUCCAUUUUAUCUUAUUACUUACAUUGCUGAUGGAAGAACACUGCGUUGUGUCGAAAUUAGGGUAAGAUUAAAUAAACAGGCACAAUGAUACGUUAGUAGAUCCAAGAAAAGAUCGUUAGGCAAGCCGAGUAAUGGGAAACAUAUAUGAUAGGAACCUAUAAUGGGAUUUGUAAACGAAAGAAGAACACUUUGAAGUUGGAACAAUUCAAAACAAAGCUUUAGCGAAAGAAAGUGAACAGUCUUUAUGAGCCUCAUAUCCU